CCGAGCUUGCGGCCAGGGUUAGCAAACUGGCACUCUCUUUCUCGUCUCAGAAUAUCGGAUUACCUUUGCAACCAGUGCAUCGUCUCGCCCCUUCGACUUCCUUUCUUUUCUAGCUUCUUCUUUCUCGCGCCCCGCAAGCACCUUAACCACCCGCAAACAUGUCUGACGACGAGGACCAAUACUCGGGUAGGGCGUCCCAAAAGGACUCUGGGGAGAAUCCCGAGUUUAUGAAGAGGCAGGAACAGAAGCGUAGCGACCUAGACGAACAGCUCAAGGAAUACAUUGCAGAAUGGCGAAAGCAGAGGGCCAAGGAGGAGGAGGAGCUGAAGAGAUUGAAGGAGAAGCAAGCGAAGCGCAAGAUCACUCGCGCGGACGAGGAGAAGAGAUUGGCCCAGAAAAAGAAGGAGGAGGAAGAGCCUCGCCAGCGUGAAAUUGAGGAGAAGAAACAACGUGACAUAGAGGAAAAGAGAAAGCGUCUCGAAGAAUCAGAAAAGAAACGCCAGGCUAUGAUGCAAGCGAUGAAGGACCAGAGCAAGAAGGGCCCUAACUUCACCAUCACCAGGAAAGAUCUGGCAGGUAACCUCACGUCGGCGCAAUUGGAGCGCAACAAGACGAAAGAACAGCUCGAAGAGGAGAAGAAAAUCUCGCUGAGCAUCCGUAUCAAACCCUUGGAAAUCGACAACCUGUCCAUUGAGAAGCUCCGGUACAAGGCUAACGAACUCUGGGAGACCAUAGUCAAGUUGGAAACCGAGAAAUACGAUCUUGAAGAGCGACAGAAACGUCAGGACUAUGACCUUAAAGAAUUAAAGGAACGUCAGAAGCAGCAACUGAGGCACAAGGCUUUGAAGAAAGGUCUUGACCCCGAAGCCCUCACCGGCAAGUACCCACCCAAGAUCCAAGUCGCCUCCAAAUACGAACGUCGCGUGGAUACCAGGUCCUACGACGACAAGAAGAAGCUUUUCGAGGGUGGCUAUGACACGCUUCUAGCGGAGUACAACGAGAAACAAUGGAAACAGAAAUCAGAACAGUUCAUGAAGCGCACCAAAACGAAGUUGCCGAAGUGGUUCGGCGAGAGGCCAGGCAAGAAAGCUGGAGACCCCGAGUCUCCGGAGGGCGAAGAAGACGUGAAGGCUGCGGCUGAAGACGAAGAACUGGAGGAACCACAGUUCGAAGAAGAAGAAGAGGAAGAGGAGGAGGAAGAGGAGGAAGAGGAAGAGGGUGGAGACGAAAAGGACGGAGAGGGCGAGGAAGAGGAGGAGGAAGAAGAGGAGGAAGAAGAGGAGGAAGAAGAGGAGGAGGAAGAGGAGGAGGAGGAAGAGGAAGAAUAGACAUCUCUUCUGACAAAUCGGCAUCUAACCACGAAUUCAAUCGAUUGAUCAUCAAACAAUCACGAAACAUCCUU